GUCUGUCCCUGCUUCGGAUGGUAGAGUAGUUGGCUGUGGACCUCUGCCUCCUUGUCCUCUUCUCUCCUUCUCCGUUAUGACUACCAGGAGACCAGUUAGCCCCAGCGUCGUGUGUGGGCACCAGUCAGAAGAGAGUGGCCCCCACCUCCUACCUAUAAGUCCCCCAAGGUCUCUUUGCCAGCUACUGCUGCCACUCAGGAACUAGGGUACUCUGCAUAGGAGUUUUUGCACCUCUCCUUCACAGGACGACACAGGAGCUCUACCUUUUUUUAUUCAUGUUUUUUCCUCACUUUUCAUCCUUUCUUUUUCUGUUCAAGGCUUCUCUGCAGCUGUGGUAGGACUAGGAGUGUCACGCUCAAACUCUCCUGUGUCCUUCCUCUUUCUCUUUUGCUCUCCCUCUAUCUCUCAAUCUCUUGAAGGUUGUUCAUGGCGCACAGGGACAUUACUGACAGGUCUGAGUCAUUUUGCAUCAUCACUUCCCCUGUCUGAGAGAAUUAAGGAGUAGGAACAUUGGAGAAGAUGAUUCUUUGGGCUGGCCUGCUUCUCCUGGGUUCAUGGAAAUUCUCAACGGUCGCCAGUCAAUGCCACAUGGAGUCUCAUCUCAACAGGAAAAGUAGUGGAAGGAUACGUUUUGUUCAGCACAGAUUUUGAGUUCCAGUGCUGUGGAGUCGGACUGGACUCCUGUUUGGAUUACUAGGGUUCGUGUCUGUGUGGAAGUAGCUGUAGAGUACCUGGCUCUGUGUAAUCAUGGGCAAUGCGGCUGGGAGUAUGGAGUUUCCAACGGGGAAGGAGGGGAAGACAGUGUCGUUCCCCCCAGGCUCAGAAACCCCCCAGAAACAGGCGGCGGGGCCCAAAAUUCCCAUGCCGGCCGAAGAGGAGUUAGAGGAGCGCUUCAAUGUGGUGCUGAACUCCAUGAAUCUGCCUCCAGACAAGGUGAAGAUCCUGUGUCAGUAUGACAACGAGAAGAAGUGGGAACUGGUCUGUGAUCAGGAACGGUUCCAAGUGAAGAAUCCACCCUCUGCUUACUUGCUGAAGCUCAGAAGUUAUCUUGACCAGGGAGGGGUUAGUCGUAAGUUCAAGAGGCGUGUCCAGGAGUCCACACAGGUCUUGAGAGAGCUGGAAAUUUCCCUGAGGACCAAUCAUAUUGGCUGGGCUCAGGAGUUCCUCAGUGAGGAGAACCGGGGCCUGGACUUCCUGGUUGACUAUAUGUCCUUCGCCCAAUGUGCCGUCACCUAUGACAUGGACAGUUUGGACAAUGGGACAGCCACACCGGACAAAUCUGUGGAGGACUUGACGAGGAGUGCCGGUAACUCUCCAAUCCAUAGUGCUUCUAAAGCUGCUCGUUCCCUUACUGUGAGAUUCAACGCUCUCCACAGCAGGAAAGCGAUGAGGAACUCACGCCUCGUCAGUCAGAAAGACGACGUUCACCUCUGCAUCAUGUGCCUCCGUGCAAUCAUGAACUACCAGGACCAAAGCUCUAGUGCUGGAGCUGCUGGCUGCUGUAUGUCUAGUGAGGGGCGGUCAUGACAUCAUCCUCUCCGCUUUUGACAACUUCAAAGAGGUAUGUGGAGAGAGGAGCCGAUUCGAGAAGCUCAUGGAGUAUUUCUCCAAUGAAGACAGCAACAUUGACUUCAUGGUGGCGUGCAUGCAGUUCAUCAACAUCGUGGUCCACUCCGUGGAGAACAUGAACUUCAGGGUUCAUCUGCAGUAUGAGUUUAGCCACCAUGGCCUGGAUGACUACCUCCAGAGGUUAAAGUUCACGGAGAGUGACAGGCUGCUGGUGCAGAUCCAGGCCUACCUGGACAACGUGUUUGAUGUGGGGGCUCUGCUGGAGGAUGCGGAGACCAAGAACGCCCUGUUGGAGCACAUGGAGGAGCUGCAGGACCACAAUGCACAGAUAAGCAGCAGAUUGCAAGAGAGUGAGAGGGAGGCGUUGGAGACAGUGUCAGAGUUGGAGAAACAUCUCAUCCAGACAACCAAAGAGGUGGAGCUGCUAAAGGAGAGUCUGCGUGAGUCCUGUGCCCAGGUGACCAUUCUACAACAGAGGGAGAUAGAGAGAGAGAUAGAACGAGAGAGGGAAAGAGAGAGGCAGAGGGAUAGAGAUCGUUCGGCCCAGGCCUUGGCGGAGCUGGAGGAGAAAGUUCAGGGGCUUGUGGACCAGCAGCUGAUUCGAAUGGAGCGCUCGUCCUCGGGACACCUGGACCUCCAUGUCAUCCCUUUCAUCCUUCCUGUUUCCAUCCAUGCUGAAACAGAACAAAUCAUGACUGUCGAUGGACCUGUGGCCCCUCCCACAUCUGUAGUCCCGCCCCCACCACCUGCUCCUCCAUUACCUGGUGCAACAGAGGUCACGGCACAAGCUCCUCCUCCUCCUCCUCCUCCUCCACCUCCUCCUCCUCCUCCCCCUCCAUGCCCGACGGCACCACCACCUCUGCCCCCCCCUCUUCCAGGGGGUGGUAUAGCUCUCCCGCCACCACCUCCAAGCAUUGGAAUGGCCCCACCAUUUGGGGGCAUGCAUGAUGGACACACUGGUAACAGAAACAAGAAGCCCAUUCAGACUAAGUACCGUAUGCCUUCAUUCAACUGGCAGGCCCUCAAACCCAACCAGGUGGCUGGAACCAUCUUCAAUGAGCUGGAUGAUGAGAACGUUUUGGGGGAGUUGAACAUGGACGCCUUUGAGGAGCAGUUUAAGACCAAGGCCCAGACAGCCCCGGCUGACGUGGGGACUCUGAGAGCGAAGGUGGCCCAGAAGAUCCCCAGCAAAGUGUCCCUACUGGAGUCCAACAGGGCCAAGAACCUGGCCAUCACCCUGCGCAAGGGAGGCAUGGCCACCUCGGACAUCUGCACCGCUAUAGAGACGUAUAACCAGGAAGCUCUGAGCCUGGACUUCCUGGAGCUGCUGGAGCGUUUCAUCCCCUCAGAGUACGAAGUCAAGCUCAUCCAGAACUACGAGCGAGAUGGGAGGCCCCUGGACGAGCUCCCCGAGGAGGACCGCUUCAUGGUGCGCUUUGGCAAGAUCCCACGGCUAGCCCAGCGCAUCAGCACACUCACCUUCAUGGGCAACUUCCCCGAGAGCAUCCAGCUCAUCCAGCCACAACUCAACGCAAUCAUCGCUGCCUCAAUGUCAAUCAAGUCCUCUAGCAAGCUGAAGAAGAUCCUUGAGAUCAUCCUAGCCUUUGGAAACUACAUGAACAGCAGCAAGAGAGGAGCAGCCUAUGGGUUCCGCCUGCAGAGUCUCGACUUGCUCUUAGACACUAAGUCCACAGACCGGAAACAGACUCUGCUGCACUUCAUAGUGAGCAUCAUCCAGGAGAAAUACCCUGAGCUCCAAGCCUUCCACAGCGAGCUGCACUUCAUGGACAAGGCUGCUCUGGUGUCCCUGGAUAGUAUUCUGCAGGACGUUUGUGCCCUGGAGAGGGGCAUGGAGGUGACCAGGAAAGAGUUUGCCGUACAGGAAGACAACCCUGUGCUGCAAGAUUUCCUCACCAGCAACAAUGACCUGCUGGACUCUGUAGUAGAAGAUGGCAAGACUGCCCAGGAUGUGUAUGAAUCAACGGUGGAGUACUUUGGAGAGAACCCUAAAACCACACCUCCCUCCAUGUUCUUCCCUGUCUUCGUGAGGUUCAUCAAGGCCUAUAAGCAAGCAGAGCAGGAGAAUGAGCAGAGGAAAAAGCAGGAUGCGUUGCCCAGAGAAGGGAGGACAGGGCCACCGUCGACAUCGACAUCAGCUAAGACUGAAAUGCCACAGAAGCAGGUACCUAUGAUGCCCAAGCUGCCCCAGAUGGACCUGAUAGCGGAGCUGAAGAGGCGGCAGGUGAUCCCCCUGGUCCGGGAGGGCAAGGAUGGAGCCAUCGAGGACAUCAUCACAGCUCUAAAGGCUGUGCCCUUCACGGCUCGCUCUGGCAAGCGCUCCUCUCGCCUCUUCUGCGACUCUGGCUUCAGUGAUGAGAGCCCCACAUAAUCCCCUCGGAAGUGUGUAGACCUGAGGAACCAGCCGUACAGACGGACAGACGGGUCCCGAGUCAGCGCCAAGUGGAAGCCCGGGCAAAAGCUCCAAGUCUCUUCCGA